AUGGACGAAACCCCCAGACACUUGAACAGCCGAACACGGAAGCGUUUCAAGCAGGACCGUCCUGAUGAACAAUCUAUAUAUGACAAAACCAUUCGCUGGCUAUUUUCAGCACAGAAAAAGCUGUAUCAUCAGGAAGAGGAAUCCACACCGGCUACGGCCAACGAUGAAACUCUCGUCGACGUACCCCCUUCCUCCCUCCCUGAUCCCAAUCAACGAACACUGCGGAGUUUCUUCCAGCCGGUCCGACAUUCCUCUUACGUGCCUUCAAACGGCUUUCCGAACAACCCAUCAACGCAAAGCUUUGCUUCGCAGACGAGUAAAUCCAACCCCGGAGCUCAGGUUGAUUUGAGCCUCCAUAACGUCAGCUCGAGCGUUAUGGACAUCGAUAUGGACGUAUCUAUGGAAAAGGACUCUGGUAGCAAUUCCACUGUGUCUACUCCAGGGGGAAACAAGAGAUGGGUUGGAGGGCUUGGGUGGAUGUGGGAUGCUUGA